AUGAAGAGUGGAAAGUACACCCUCGUCACAUACUUGCCCAAGGCUGGCAUGGUAUACGGUGCCGUCGCCGUUCUCGGCAAGAACGAGCGCGAUCGCGCCGUUCUUCAAUUGUUCAAGAGACUGGGCUUCGUCCGCACGGGCGAAACCGAUGCCCGCAUUCGCGCUGUGGGACGGCGCAGGGUCCAAGAGGCCCUCGUCGGCGUCUUCACCGUGGCCGCAGAGCCCGCCGUCGCCGGCCUGAUGGCCAGUGGAGACCAGACAGCCUUCGAGGCUGCUGUACAGGAACGAACCCCGUGGGCUCGAGACCGAGCCAUGGAUCCGCGUAUCUUCGCGGAGCUCUUUGCCGUGCUCGUCGAAGCCAGACACCGCUGGUACUCACACCCCCGCGUCCCCCACAGCUUCCAGGACCAUUCCGACCUGGCCAAGGCCAUCGAUAGGUACCUGGAGCAGCAGAGCGACUGGGGUCGCCAGCUUUUUGAGCUGGUGCACGGAGGAACACCCCUGGGAGAGGAGGAGGAGGGGGAGGAGGAGGAGGAGGAGGAGGAGGAGGAGGAGAUGAAGGAUGACGAGGAGAUGGAGGAGGACGAGAAGGAGGAGGUCAUGGGAGAUGCCCAGGCCGUCGAUGACGACGAGGACGAUGCAAUGGAUAUGGACUAG